CAGGGCUGAGACAGGGCUGAUACCCAGACUUGCCAGCAGGUGGCAGUGGUCCUCCUCUUAGUGAACAAAAUCCAAAAAACGAAGAAGAAGCAGCUAGAAGACAGUCAUGGCUGAUAUGAAGAAAGAGGUUGAUGAAACUCUUGACGAGUUGCAGGACUAUGUCAAGAAGCAGCGAUGGUGGGGUCGGGUGUUUGGCAAAAACAACUCGAGGCCUUUGGCUGACAAGUAUACAGUUGGAACACAAAUUGCAAUUGGAGGAGUGACUGGCUGGUGUGCUGGUUUUCUGUUUCAGAAAGUUGGAAAGCUAGCAGCCUCAGCUGUUGGUGGAGGAUUCUUGUUGCUUCAGAUUGCCAAUCACACGGGAUAUAUCAGUGUGGACUGGAAGAGAGUGGAGCGGGACGUCAACAAAGCCAAGAAGCAGCUGAAGCUCAAUGUGGACAAGCCGUCAAGGGAAGUCAAGACAAAGGUGCAAGAGGUUCAGGUCUUUGUGCAGAACAACAUUAUCCUGAUGGGUGGAUUUGCUGGAGGAUUUCUGAUUGGACUGGCAUCGUAGCUUUUUAGUGUACUGGCUCUGCUUUUAUAUAUUAUUUUUUGUUUAUUAGAACAACACUCCAUUUUUGAGUUUUUUCGCUGCCCGCAUUAUGAUUUAUCAAUUCUUUUAAACGGCAAGAGCAAAGCAUCAUGAUUUCAGGAUAUACUACGCAACCUUGUUUUACCAUUUGAUGGGAUUAUGCUAACAGAGUGAUAUCACCAAUUUUGUGAAUAAAGAUAUGAUUAGCUCUUUAAAUAAGAGCAUUUUUGCAUGAAUAUUGUAAAGAUGUAACUUCACUAUAUUUGUCUUAUUGUAUUGCCAGUGAAGGCUCUGUUGUCUGUAGAAAACUGUGAUGGGACAAUCCGUGGUUUAAUACUAUGCAAGAAUACAGGAUUAUAUUUGG